UGACAAAGACCUAACUUGCUUGCUUCGGCCAUGAACACCCUAGUUGGCUAUGGCCAAAAUUCAGGUGGCAUUCGUCAUGUCGAUAAGCGACGGGCACAUCACCUAACUGGCAGCUCCAGAGUUUUGCCGCACUUGCCCCUUGGAGCUCACAUCACCAUUCGUGGUCCUGGUUUGCGGGCAGCAGCUCACCUUUGGAGUAUCCAGAAGCGCACAACUGUCAUCCCGCGCGCAGAGGAAUCUGAUCGGCCCUCCUUUUCUUUCGAGCUGAUGGGGCCCGGCUGGUCCAACCGCGCCCAGCUGAGCGAGGGCAUGUUGAACUCGCUGGUGGAGCUGCCGGGCACCCGGGGGAUGUUGGAUCUGAGAUCCCGAGCGGACAAUCUAGCCACGUGGAAGAUGGCCCUCCAGAGGGGUACACUGCCGCGGCUGGAAGAUGUGGAAUGGCCCCAGGAGCCGUUCAGAAGCAAAUUUGCUGACGCGCUCCGGAACCUGGAGAUGCCCAGAUUUACUCGGCGGUACCCUGCCGUACUGGACACCCUCAUGAAGCAGAUGCUCAGUCUAGCUUAUGAAUUUGAGGAGAAGUUGGCGGCGGCUGAGAAACAGCAGCAACAACAGCAGCAGCAACAGCGGACGCAGCAGCAGCAGCAAAGCGCACCCAACCAGCAGCAACAGGACCAGCAGCAGCAGCAGCAGCAGCAGCAGCAGCAGACAGAGUCGCAAAUGUCGCAGUCGGCGGCGGGUGGGGCAGGGUCGGACCAACAGCAGCAGCCCGACCAGCCCACACCCCAACAAAUGGAGAUCAGUGAGGAGGAGUUGCAGAAGAUGAUGCAAGAUGCCAUCGAGCAGGCCCAACAGAAUCUACCCAAGGAACAACGGCAACAAACAACUGCCAACCGACCACAACUGCAAAUCAAGAUGCAGGAUAUGGAGGGCGACAAUAAGGACUCCCGACCCUCCCCGGAGCAACAGGCGCUGGAACAGCAGCUGGAGCGAAUUGCGGAUGAUAUUGUACGGCAGUUCGAGGCGGAUAUGAGUCAGGUGAUGGAGAACCUGGAGACUGGGGAGAUGGCGUUUGAUGACCUGAACGCGCUGCUGGAGGGCGAUGAGGGGUUCGAUUUGACGCGGGGAGUGUGGCGUCGUACAGGCUGGAGUGAGCUGUCCACACUGCGGGAGGUCCUCGAGAAGGUUCCGGAGCUUCGCGAGCUUGUACGGCAGCUGGGUCGCGGCGGGGGCCGUGGGCCGUUGCGCCGAGCACCCGAGGAGCUUGAGGCGCGGGGCUACCCCCCUGGAGUCAUCCGGUCGCCGCUACAGCCGGAAGAGGAGACCCACAUCCCCGUCAAUGCGUCCGUCAGCAGUGGAGAGUUUGACCUGGAGGAGUACUACCUGCCCGGGUCUCAUGCCGCCAGAGCACUACACCGCGUUCGCCGGGCCGAGAGAAUGCUGCUCAGCUACGACCGAACUGGGUGGUUGGACAACGAGCCGGCCCGGGUGACCAGCCGCAUGGAGAUCCGGCCCGCAGCGGAACUGGGGCCCAUCAUCUUGUGCUUAGACACCUCGGGCAGUAUGCGGGGAGCGCGGGAGACGGUGGCUAAGGCCCUGGCGCUAGAGUGCAUGAGGGGGGCGCACAGACAGAGACGGCCCUGCUACCUGUACGCCUUCUCCGGACCCUCAGCAACACCAACGUGCUUGCGAGAAUACAAGCGCCUCCUCGUCAUGGAGGUUGGGGGCGGGAAAUGGCCCCCGCGGCGAAAGGAGUGGUCUCAGGCUGACAUCCUCAUGGUGACAGAUGGAGAGAUCCCCAACCCGGACGACAAGAUCUUGCAGGCCAUCUCGCGUGCCCACAUGGAGUUGGGAUUAGAGGUGCACGGGCUGCUGGUGGCCAACCGUGUGACAGAGGCCAUGAGGAAGCUGUGUACGGAUGUCCACGUCUUCAAAAGCUGGACAGCAGUACCGGGGGGGAACGACUAUAUGUACCAUUGAGACACACAUACAUACAUACACACGCAUGCACACUCUAUAACAUGGGGGUGGAGAGGAAUGGGACGGUGGGAGGGAGGAUGAUAGGGGAAGGCAGUGCGGGGUGUGGCUGGUGGUUAAUUUUUGUCGUGAGGUUGCAUCCUGUGUGUGCACCACCUGGUGCGUGAGAGGGCUCGCACUUUUUGAAUUGUGCUCCUG